CUCCACUUCACUUCGUCUCCACCGCUUCAGAUUUCCCGACCAGAGAAGGCGACAAUGGCGAAAUUGGUGAGGUUGGGAUUGAGGUCCACGACCAUCAUCAUGCGUCGGUCAGUUUCCAACUCCGCUUCCAGCGGCCGCUCCACCGCCCUCCUCCCCCAGCACGGUGGCGUUGCCCGCAGCUUCUUUGGCUCCUCUGUCCCUCCCGUCGCCUCCACCACCAACAGAUAUCUCCCUUCCGGUCGCAGCAGGUCACCGUUCGUCGAGACGGGCACAGGGAGUGUACGUCGGUUCAGCGAAGAUAUCACUCGUAGUCCGAACAUCAAAGAUUACGUGAUUUACUACGCGUACAAGGACCUCAUGGCGGAUACUUGGGAUGAUCUUUCCGAUUCAGUCCUCUACGAUGUGAAGAGUGCGCUGUCCAGGAACACGGACGACAAGGCCGGUCAGGAGAUCCUAAAGAACGUCUUCCGAGCUGCUGAAGCAGUGGAGGAGUUCAACGGUGCGCUGACAUCAUUGAAGAUGGAGCUCGAUGACUGUGUCGGGAUGACCGGAGAGGAUGUGAAACCGUUGCCGGAUGAGCUCACCAUGGCGCUUCGUACAUUCUUCAAGAGGUACGCUGACUACUUGGACUCUUUCGGGCCCGAAGAGUCCUAUGUAAGGAAGAAGGCGGAGAUGGAACUGGGAACAAAGAUGAUUCAUUUGAAGAUGAGAUGUGCCGGACUCGGUUCCGAGUGGGGCAAGGUCACUGUCCUCGGGACAACUGGACUUUCGGGAUCGUAUAUCGAGCAAAGAGCUUAGCUUGGAGGAGCAGCAUAUGAAUAAGCUGCUGUUCAGGGUGUGAUUUCUGCCUUUAGAAUAGGAAGUGCAGGGUCCAAGAAACUCUCAGUUGACAAUGGAAAUGCACAUUGCAGAGGUUUUCGGCUUUAGUCUGCAAUCAAAGGUUUUUUUGUUGAAAGAAACGAGUCUUUGUUCGA